UUACACACACCAUUGCUCUCUCAUCUCUCUCUACCUCUUCUUCUUCUUUCUUGUGUUUCUGUAAUUUGCAUGUAUAUAUAAAAAGAAAGAAACUAGGAACAUAUAUAAAAGAAAGCAACUGUGUAAAUGACAUUGGUAAGGGAAAGAAGGCAUCAACAACCCUUAAUGCUAUCCUUACCUCCGCCAUUACCAGCUGGUGAGUUCCGGCACCAAACCCACCCACCGCCGGCUUCUUUAUCUGCUAUCAGUCCAGACUCUCCAGGCAUUGACAAUCUUUCUGAUCUUGAAAAAAUAACAGUUCUUGGACAUGGUAAUGGUGGCACUGUCUAUAAAGUACGACACAAACGCACCUCCGCUACGUUUGCUUUAAAAGUUCUCCGAUUCGAUCAUAACACCACAGCGACUAUCCGCGAACAAGCUUCCCGGGAGGCGGAGAUCCUUAAACGUGUCGAUUCACCUUAUAUUGUUCGAUGCUAUGCGGUGUUUGAUACCGAAGAUGACUUGUGCUUUGCAAUGGAGCACAUGGAAAGAGGGUCUUUGCAUGAUAUUUUACUUGCUAGUAAAAUAUUGCCUGAAAAUGUUAUUUCUAGGGUGGCUGUUUGUGUUUUAAAAGGCUUGCAAUACUUGCAUAGAAUGAAAAUAGUGCACGGAGAUAUAAAACCUUCAAAUUUGCUCAUUAAUGGUAAAGGCGAUGUGAAAAUUGCAGAUUUUGGGGUUAGUAGGAUUGUGGUAGCCAAAGAAGAUGCUUGUGAAGCAUAUAUGGGGACAUGUGCAUAUAUGAGCCCUGAAAGGCUUGAUCUUCAAGGAUGGAAUGAAGAUAACGGAGGUGAUGGAUUCGCCGGGGAUAUUUGGUCACUUGGGGUUGUGAUUUUGGAGUGCCUUGUUGGUCAUUAUCCAUUGAUUGGUAUGGGGGAGAAACCAGAAUGGGCAGCUUUGGUUUAUGCAAUAUGCUUUGAAGAGAGAUUGCAGAUGCCGGAAAAUGCAUCUCCAGAGUUCCAGUGUUUUGUAAUUAGGUGUCUAGAAAAAGAUUGGAGAAAGAGAAUAAGCGUCGAUGAACUUCUUGAUCAUCCUUUUGUCAGUGGUUUUGAUUUGUAGGGUCGAUAAGUUGCAUCUAUUCUUAAUAAUCCCAUCAAUUUUGCCAGUUUUCUGUGACAUAAUUAUUUUAUAUUUACAAUAGCAGCACUGAACACCAAUCAGAUGCAAAAAAUUUUCA